AUGGUCCUCUUCGUUGUCCAGUCUAGUCAUAGUGCUGAGAUUAUUGGAGGUCAACAAGUGUCUCCUCACUCGAUGCCUUUCAUGGCUCUGCUGGAAGGAAAGAUACCAUCCUGUGGAGGGACACUGAUCAGUCCAAAUUGGGUCCUGACUGCUGCCCACUGCACUGAUAUCAAGAGGGUCUUGUUAGGGGUGCACUCCAUAAAAUCUGAAAAAGAGAAGAACUUGAGGCAGGUCCUAGAGGUAAAGAGACGAUUUCCUCAUCCUCGCUAUGAUGAGACUAAACUAGUCAAUGACCUCAUGUUGCUCAAGCUCAGCAAAUCGGCAAAGAAAACCAAAACGGUAAAAUGGCUCAAUUUGCGUAAAACCAUCAAAGACCCAGCAGGUGGCUCCACCUGCAGGGUGGCUGGAUGGGGAAAAACAAAUAAUGUUGUCAAAAAAAUGUCUGAUGUCCUGAUGGCUGUCAAUGUGACUGUGGUGGACAGAGUGAAAUGCAACUCUUCUGACUAUUACAACUUAAAGCCUGUCAUCAAUGCAGGCAUGAUAUGUGCUGGUUCAGAUGGUAAAAACCAAGCUGAUAGCUGUCAGGGUGAUUCAGGUGGACCACUGUUGUGCAAUGGAGUACUAGUUGGAGUCACUUCUGAUGGACGCAGGUGUGGCCUCAUUAAAAAGCCUGGAAUUUACACUUUUCUGUCAAAAAAUAAACUCGAGUGGAUCACAAAGACAAUGAAGAAGUCUGAAAUAGAAUGA